GUAGGUAUUUUGUGCCUUAUAAUCAUAAAAAGUACUUUAAAAAACAAAAUACGUUGUUUUCAACCACGUGUCAAUGUUAAUGUACUGUGUCGUCUGCUAAGCGUACUACAGCUAGUCAUUGUCUGAGAACUUCACAGUGCGCAGAGUUUCGCUGUCCUCCGCACGUUCGAAACAUACGUACAGGAAUCUUACACUUCCGAUAUACAGUUUGUUUUGUUGUUGGUCUGAUCCGUCCGUACACCUUACAGUUUCUGUGAUAAGCCAUUGGGAAGAAAGGAUGGAAGAGUUCAACUGUAAGGUCGUGUUAGUAGGAGACAGUCGUUGUGGGAAAACUGCUCUGAUCCAUAGGUUCACAAAUGAUAACUUUUUAGAGGUGUACACCCCGACAGGAUUUGAACGUUACACGACGAGUUACGAGGUUGGGGACUAUACAAUAAAUUUUACAGUUUGGGACACAUCAGGUGCCCACGCUUAUAAUACUGUGCGCCCUCUAGCGUAUAAAGAUUCCAACGUUUUCUUCUUGUGUUUUCUUAUUAGUGAACCUGAUUCUCUAGAAAACACUAUGUACAAAUGGUAUCCAGAGGUCAGAAACAAUUCUACCAAUGUACCGGUCAUUCUAUGCGGUUGUCAAAGUGAUCUCCGCACGGACAGCGACACCUUGACCUCCCUGGCAAAAAUUAAAAAGGCCCCAGUCAGCUCAGAACAGGCUUUAGCAGUAUCCAGGCAGAUUGGGGCUACUACGUACGUUGAGACUUCAUCAAGAUUGAGUGGACGAAGCGUCCGAGAUGCAUUCGAGGUAGCAGCACUAGCAGCUUUGGGAAAACUCAACAAAAAUCAUGUGACUGUUCCACGUCACACCACCUUAGUCAAAUCCAAAUACAAGUCAAAGAUCUACCUUAAGGAUGAUUUUCGCGAUCGAGCAAAAAACUGCAUAGUAAUGUGAAAAUGUAAUUUUGUGUAUUUGCUUAGUUUAAAACUAGUCACCUGGACUGUGGAUCUAUCGUGAUAGGGAGCCUGUCAUGUCACGUCAUUUUGAAAUCAAGUUUCUAUUGGAUGAAGGAUUACGUAGCUUGGUAAUGAGUCGUUUUAAGAGGCUCCGCUUUGACAAACGAAAACUGAACUGAGUUUCAGAAUAAGAAAUAGUGGAAACAGGUGGUAAUCUCUUUAACGUUUCAACUUGAAAUAUCGCGAGAGAAACAACUAACACAUUAUUUUUUAAAACAUUUCAAAUAGUUACGUGAACACACUAGAUUUGAAAAUAACGUUCGUAAAUGCUCGUGAAUUCUUGAGUCGUUUUUAUGGUUAGUAUGGAAGCGUUUUUAAUGGUAUCACAUAUUUCAUCCAACAUCUGUUGGGUCCCAAACGUAAUAAGUAAUUGAAAAAAACAUUUAACAAUUUGUCUAGUGCCAUGCAUGCCUACCCUAACAAACUUAGUUAUGUAUGCUAAGAUAGGUUAGAAUUGUAUUUAGAUGCUUAUCAAUAACUGAAGUCACUUAGAAGAGUUUUGAUAAACUAUUAUCUGCUCGAACAGUGUUCUAAUUCAGUAUCAUUUCUCAUUCAAUAAUAAAUUAAAAUAAUAACAGUUCAAUUUUUAAAAACGUUAAAAUAGUACAAUGAAAAUGUUAUAAAGCCACUUGAAAACCUUCAAAUAUUUGUGGUAUAAUUAAAAACAAUUAACCCAAUUUAGUAUUAGUUGUAUAUAAUAACAUUACUAAGGAAUUUCGAUAGGUGAUAAGAAUGUAAUAUCUGGAUAGAAGUAGAAUCAACUUCAAACAGUUAAUAUUUGUUUACUGGGAAACGUUUGGUAUUAAUUCAAUGUAACUUCCACGUUGAAGUUCUUAAUGGAAUACAACUUAACAUAAUGUUAAGAUCACAUCCGUGAUAAUAGACAUCCAUUGUUAUUUCAGCUGAGUGUAUAAUGUGCUUCGAGUUUGAUUGAAUAAGGGCGGCGGAAAAGAAUGAGUAUUGACAAAAAGUACAUGUUAUAAUUCGCAUUGAUAUACACAGACAAAUGAAUGAGAUGCAUUAUACUAAUAACGUACGUGUUAUAAUUCACAUUGAUAUACACAGACAAAUGAACGAGAUGCAUUAUACUAAUAACGUACAUGUUAUAAUUCGC